GCCUCAGUGAGAGCCGUACUCUGUGUACAAUGAGGUUGAAUGUCAUUCACAGAGAUGAUGAGUGACAUGACGCAUCCUAUAGUCCUCCUGAGUUGGCUGUUUCUCCUGUCCCCAAGUCAGUGUGGAGCAGCAGGCCCCAUAGUGCUUCAGCCCAGACAGCUCCUCACCCUUCCUGGUAACACCACCACCUCCAGUCCAGUCACCCUGCAGUGCUCCCUGGGUCCAGGCUUCAGCAUGCCCAGCUACACCAUGAUGUGGUACCGACAGGUCCGCUAUGGAGGCCCAGUGGAGUUCCUCAUUAAGGAGUACGAGAAAACCCGGGGGCGAUACAAAGAGGACCUGGACACAUCGGGGAACAGGUUCAUCCUGCAGAUUUCUGAGCUGGUUGUGGAGGACAGUGGUGUCUACUACUGCGCUGCUAGCUCUGGUGGUUAUGCUGCCUACUUUGGAGAGGGAACUAAGCUAACAGUUCUGGAUCCAAACAUCAAAGUCACUGAACCCACAGUGAAAGUCCUAGCACCCUCCGCUAAGGAGUGUGAAGAUAUAAACAAGAAGAAGAAGAAGACCCUAGUGUGUGUAGCCACCCGCUUCUACCCCGACCACGUCACGGUCUUCUGGCAAGUCAACAAUGUCAACAGAACUGAAGGUGCCGGGACCGACAACAGGGCCUUGUGGGAUAAAGAUGGUUUAUACAGUAUCACCAGCAGACUGAGAGUCCCAGCCAAUGAAUGGCACAAACCAGAGAACAGAUUCACCUGCAAUGUCAGCUUUUACAAUGGGACUGACAAUAUACAAGUGAAUGACACCAUUCGUGGAGAUCUCCAAGGUCAAAGUGGGGGAGAGAUAACGACAGAUUACUAUGUGAAGAGCACCCAGACUGCCAAGCUGGCCUACAGCAUCUUCAUCGCUAAGAGUACCUUCUAUGGCCUGGUCGUCAUGGUUAUGAUUUGGAAGUUCCAGGGCUCCUCAGAGAAACAGAUUUAACGGAAUACAAGCGGCCCAAGGAGGAUGUCCUGCAUGGGUGUUGAUUCUUCCAUGUGCUCAAGAACGGACUGGCAAAUGGGCAAUUCUGGCAAAUGCCAGAUGGACCAAUUCAUCUUUAGCCCAGUGGGCCUGUCUAAAUGGUAUUAUGUUUUUAGCAAAAUAAUAAUAAUUUGUCUAGUAAAGAGGGUCUUAAAGAAAACAUGGGCAGGUGUGUUAGAAAUGCCGGGGCCGGUUUCUGGUCCCAGUUUGCCCCUGCGUGUAAUUGUAUUGUCCAUUGUGUUUAUUGUUGCCAGUAUCUCUUUAUUGCCCCGUCUAUGUGAAGAUGUGCUUUUAAGAAUCUCCUAUGAACAUGAACUUGCAAUUUAAAUGUAUAUUUGAAUAAAUUCAGCCAAAACAACCUUUCCAUUAACUUACAAAAUCAACGUCUGUUUGUUUUUCCAGUAAUUCCAGUAGAGUAUGUAUCAAUACACUUUGCUUUCCAAUUUCUAAAUGUUAGUUUGUGAAUAAUAAACUAUAUAAUUAGGGACAGAUCAAAAUGUACCUCUCCACAGUUAAAUAUUUUCACGACCCUCCCCCUCAUAGAAUUAACUCAAUAUAAUGUUUACGACCACAAAUAACAAGAACUGUAGCGACCCUGUUUUUAUCAACGUGGAUAUUGACUUUGCCACUUCAGUCUGCUUUUCUGGCACAGUAGAUGCCACGCAGGGCUUUGGGCCAGAAGGUUGAGGGUUCACCGACCACCACAGACGAGCUCCCUCUCCUGCCUGUUUCAUCACAUUACGAUCAGAGACGGAGGCAGACCAUGAUCAGCUAGGGGGAAAUCAGAUUUUCAACAUUUUGAUGCCAUAUUUAUAUAAAAUAUAUUCAACGAAUCUUCCACCGACAGGUUUAACAACCAAUAAACAAAACAAACCAACUUGUGGCACUUCAAUAUCAUGGUUUGUGUUGUGAACAAACAGAAAACACACCCCUCCCUGUCUUGUAGACUUACCCAGUAUUGAAGGCUUGGCUUGACAAUCUCCUAGUGUCAUUAAACUGUAUAGUGUUUCGUAA